GCCAGCCAGCCCCGCUCAGAGCGGGUUCUUCUGCACCUUGGCCAUGCCUCGAGGUGGGGAGUGGGGAGUGGGGAACUCCUGCUCCCCACCCCCGCUGUGCACAGACCCACAGGGGGCUGACUGACGGUGGGGCUUGGUGGACCCGACCAAGUUCUGCAGCCUGAGGUAGUGGUGCAACGGGGAGGGGGGGAGACGCACUGGUGUUGCCACUCCCUCCCCCUGUGGGCCCGGACUCCCUCCUGCGGCUGGCUCUGCCCUUUGGACAGCAGCGGGCGGGCAGGCGGCUGCAGGCAGGAGGAAGGGUGGAGAAAGGCCUGAGCUGCCUUUGGAGGAGGAGGAGGAGGAGGAAGAGGCUGCCCGAGGAAGGACUUGCUCGCCCUCGCUCUCUGGCUGGUUGAAGGGGCUCCUCCUGGACUGCUGGCUGUAGCUGAGAGGAGGGAAGGAAGGACUAGGAACUACCAAGAAGCCCCCACCAGGCCAGGCAGGACAACGUCCACCGGGACACCACCAGCCAAGACUGCGGACAAAGAUCCGGUCCCAUGGCUUCCCCGGCAUCGCUGCUGUGGCGAGGACCCCUCCCGCGGUUGGCUUACCGGCGCCUGGCCGGCCGCAGCCCUGGGGUCUUCUUCCUCUUGGGAUUUCACGACACCAGCGACAACCCCAAAUGCCAGGCCCUGGAGCAGUUCUGCCGGGAGACGGGACGGGCGUUUAUCAGCUUUGACUACCGGGGCUGCGGGGCCUCGGAGGGCUCCUUCGAGGAGAGCCGCCUCGGGGACUGGAAGGACGAUGCUCUGGCGGUAUUCGACGAGCUCACGGCCGGCCCCCAGGUGUUGGUGGGAGCCAGCAUGGGGGCCUGGCUGAUGCUGCUGCUGGCUCUGGAGCGCCCAGACAGGGUGCUCGGCUUGGUGGCCACAGGAAUCGGGGUUGACGGUUUCAUCAUCCACGCCCGAGAGCUCCCCAAUGAGGUGAAGAGCCAAGCGCAGCGCAGUGGCCGCUACGCCCUCCCUCGGAGCACGGGCGAGCCUCUCCUCCUGCACUGGGACUUCUUUGUGGAGGCCGAGCGGCAUGGCUUGCUGGGGCGCCCCUCCAUCCCGGUGGCCCGCCCCGUCCGGCUGCUCCAUGGCCUGCAGGACGAGGUGGUGCCCUGGCAGCGGGCCGUGCAGGUGGCCGAGCGGCUGGAGAGCAGCGACGUCCGGGUGGUGCUCUUCAAGAAUGGACAGCAUGGCCUGAGCAGGCCGGAGGAGCUGGAGGAGCUGCUGGGGGCCGUCCGGGAGCUGCUGGGUUUGGCGCCCUAGGAAGAAGGCAGAAGUGCCCCCCGGGGGAGCCGGCCCCGGAUGAGCCCACCGGGAGGGAGAGGGACACCUGGGCAAAAGGGCCCUGUGCCCCCCCCACCCACUUCAGAGGCGAUCCCGACCGCUCCCUAAUAAACCCAAAGCCUAGCA